GGCGGGGAGCAUCACAUGUCAAAGCGGCGGAGCUUUAGCUGAGCUCCGGACUGACAUCGGUCCAGCGCCCUCGCCGGAAUCAAAGGAAGCCCACGGAGGACACCAGAAACCGAAGCCCUUCUUCUCCAGGACAGAAAUGUCUGCUCUGUUAUUAGAAAACGCAGGUUGGCACCGAGGCGCAGUUGAGAAACGGUGAAUGCGGUGAAACUCUGACUCAACCCGCAAUGUCAUGGGUGUUUGGAAGAAACAACUGACUCUUUCUGGCUCUCCUUUAACAGCCUUUUGAUAAACGAGCUCCGCCUCCCAUUCUGCCUGAGGACCUCCGACCUCAACGACAAACGAUGACCUCCCCUGACUCGCCUCCCCUCGUCUCCCCCUCCCCGUGUCCGGCGCCUCCCCCGUCCCUGCCCUCAUCCCCGGCUCCCUCCUCCCCGGCCCCGUCCUCCUCCUCCAUCCCGGCCCCCCCGUCACUGCCUCCCACAGGCGAGGUAAUGGUGCUGGCUCUGGGCAGGAAGAAGCAGCGCGUGCUGAUCGCGCUCUCCAUCCUCCCCAACCUCUUUCUGGCCUUCCUGCUCUCCUCCGACCCCCUCAUCACGCUCUCGCCGCCGCACCACUGCCGCCUGCCGGGCCCGUCGCCCUCGCCGGAGGCGCUGAACACGUCCCUGCCCUGGGAGAAGGGUGCGCGGCCCAGGGAGACCGGGAGCCCGUCCCAGUGCAAGCAGUACGCCAACGGCAGCCAGUCGUCUGUGGUGGACUGUGAGUCCGGGUGGGAGUACAACGUGACAGAGGGGCUGAAGAACAACAUCGUCACCGAGUGGGAUCUGGUGUGCGGCCAGUACUGGCUGGUUCCGGUGGAGGAGGUGUGCUUCAUCCUGGGCGUCCUGACUGGAUGCCUCAGCCUAGGCUACACAGCUGACAGGCUGGGCAGGUCCAAGACCCUGCUGAUCUCUCUGACUCUGUCGGUGGUGUUUGGGGUGCUGGUGUGUGUCUCUCCGUACCCUUCCAUCUUCAUCGUCAUGCGCUUCUGCCUGGCUGCUGCCAGCGCAGGGGUCUAUCUAACUCUGUACAUCGCCCGUCUGGAGCUGUGCGAGCCGUCGCUCAGGCUUGUGGCGACCAUGCUGGCCGGUUUCAUGACCGUGGCGGGGGAGCUGCUGCUGCUGGCCGUGGCCCUCGGCUGCCAGUCCUGGAGGGGCCUGCUGGGAGCCGGGGCGGCCCCUCUGACGCUCUUCCUCAGCUACGGCGUUCCCGGUGUGUUCCCAGAGUCCCCUCGCUGGCUCCUCCUGUCGGAGCGAUCCGCGGACAUGAAUGCGUUCAACGAGAGGAGGAACUCCAACAGAGACCUGAGGGACGACGAGAGCUUCACAGAGCUGGACUCGGAGCCGGCGCCCUCCACCCGCCCCCAUCUGUCCUUCCCCGAGCUUUUCCACAGCAAGAACAUCUGGAAGAACAUCUGCGUCCUCGGCUUCACCUCAUUCAUCUCUCACGGCAUUAGUCACUGCUACAGCUCUUUCCGUGGUGACGUCAGAGGCACCGCCCCCAGCUUCUACUGGACGUACCUGCUGUCCGUGAGCGCGGGGGGCGGAGCCUGGGUGCUGCUCUGGGCGACAGUGGACAGGUGCGGUCGCCGUGGCAUCCUGCUCCUGUUCAUGACGACGACGGGCCUGGCCUCGUUGAUCCUGUUGGGACUCAUGGAGUAUCUCAGUGAGACGGCCAUCACGGUUUUCUCAGUGCUGGGUCUUUUCUCCUCCCAAGCCACUGCAUCCCUCUGCAUCCUCUUCACUGCAGAGAUCAUGCCCACUGUCAUCAGGGGCACCGGCGUGGGCGUGGUGCUCGCCCUGGGCUGCGUGGGCCGCCUCAGCUCCCCGAUCAUGGACCUGCGGAACCACUACGGCUACUUCCUGCACCACGUUAUCUACUCGUCCCUGGCGCUCCUGGCCGUGCUCUCCAUCCUGCUGCUGCCCGAGAGCAAGAGGAAGCCACUGCCUCAGACACUGGGCGAUGGGGAGCAGUACCGGCGCCCCCCGCUGGGCCGGAGGAGGAGGGACAACGUGCCGCUGCUGGCCACCCCAAACCCAGAAACCUAAAAGAGAAGGUCUCCGCAGCAGCGUCCCGCAAACAGAUGCCCGUCUUUCGUGUUUGUUCGCAGGAGGAGAGAGGGAGAGAGAGAGACGUAGCAAUAUGGAGACAAACAGGAGGACAACUGGAGAUGAAAAGGGCUGUAACGGACUUUAUGCUUCCUAACAUAUCACACUCUUUGUCAUUCCAGACGCAGACUGCUUGAGCUGCCUCAGACUUCACAUCUCUCCGUUCUUUUUCCCAGAACACUUAGAUUUACCUCUGAACAUUAACAACAUCCACGCACAUUCAGGAAGCUCUUCAUUUUCUGUCACGAGACACACCAGCAUUCAGCUACACCUCUGUGUCUGUGUGUCUGUGGUAGAGGCUGCAUCCUACGGCUGCAGGUGGCAGUCAUUUGUUACAGUUCCUAUUUUCUUAUGCAUUUGCUGUGGGUGAGAAGACAAAAAGUGCCCAGAGGUGUAGAAAAAUCGAGGUUUAUUUUUAUUUUAUUUUAUUUUAUUUUUUAUAACUUGCGGAUCAACUCUCCGAUCUGGCACUGGAGCCUGGUGGGGAACAGCAGCUGUAACAGGGGAAAAAAAAUCAUUGUAAAUACUCUUAGGUUUUAGUUUCUUUGGGGCAUCUGAGUUUUGUUUUUUAAUGCCAGACUCAGUGGCUGGAGUGAUCCAGUCUGCAAUGAAGCUGGGCGACGAGAGAAGAGCACUUUGAAUAUUCUGCUUUGUAACAUUAACGAGUUAAUCCGACCAAAGUCUUCAAGUUUAGGGGGGCAGGCCUGUGAACAUAAAUCACACAUUCUGAUCAGAAACCUCCCAGUAAAGAUGGCAGUAAAGUCUUGCCUGGAGCUAGAAAUAUUUAUACUAUUUAUGUGGUUGUUAAGUUUAAUCAGUAAUUUAUCCUGACACUUUGAGUCUUAAUUGUGAAGCUGGAUUGGAUCCGUGUAAGCCUUCCGUUUAUCCCGGAUGUCAACCAUGAAACAUUCCUGUCUGCAUGUUUGGAAACACAGAAGGGCUCGUUUUCUCUGCAUUUCCUCCGACUUGAUACCUCUAGAUCAGUAGUGUCGGCUGUCAGCUGAUGCUAGACAGAUAGAAACAAACCGCAGUAGAGGUGUUGAUCAUGUAGGCGUAUGUAAAUUGGUCUUUAAUGGAGACAGAAAAGUUGUCUUUUUGGGAAAAAGGGCCCAAUGAGCAUGCUCCAUGUUGGGGAGCUGAAGAGGGCCCCUGAGCUCCAAAUUAACCCGUCAUUCAUUCCCUGUUGCACUCUGUAGGGCUCCGACCCAGUCUGGAAAAGUCUGGAAUUUGAUUUUAUUAUUUUCCUGGUCUGGAAAAGUGUCGGAAAAAAAAAAAUCAGAUUUAACUCGCUUUUCUGUUGCCUAAAUCUGCUCUUUUUUCCCUGUUUCCUCCUCUCCUUUGUCCUCAUCAGCUUUCUUUUUUCCUACCUUCUUCUUUCUUUCUUCCUUGUACAUUCCCCUCGUUUCUUCUUUCCUUCAUUUCAUCUUUUUCUACCUCUUAUCCUUCAUUACGUCCUUCCUUAUUUUCUUUGUUACAAAAAAUUAUUUUUUCUUUCCUUCCUGUUUCUGGUUUUUGCGUAAAGCUUAUAGAUUCAGGAAAGGUAUCUGCCAUGAACACAGUGAAUUUUAUAUUUUUAAAAUGGUGUUAAAUACUGACGACUUUGCAGGUUUGAGACAGGAAAAGUAUGGUGUUUAAUCUAUCUUGUGGGAAAGAAAUAUCGCAGGCAGGAUGAUUGAAAAUGGGUAAAUCUGUUUUGCAGAUUUUGCUGGACUUUGAAGUUAAAGAAAUGCAAGUUUGUUGAUGACUUUUUAAAAAAAAAAUAUCUGUAUGUUGCACUCAACAAGUCUAACACUUAUACUCUAGUUCUUAUCAUUAAUUAACUUGGCUUGAAUAUAAUUAUGUCUGACAACACUGGCUGAUCUGUUCAACGAUGGAGUGUGAUGCAGUUAAUUUUGAUCUUAUGUCAAUUAAAACUGGUUUAAUAAAAACAA